AUGGUCAAAACAGCAACAGCAAUGUGCACAGGGGAUAGAGAACGGGAGGAAUCACUAAAACUGGCCACAAGCAUAGCUAGUUCAAACGGUUACUCGAGAUUGAAAUCUAACACCCAAUCUCGAACUACGAACAACACAGUGAGGAUCCCACGUGAACGUAAAAUUGCUUUGUGCAUCCCCUUCGUCUCUGACUCCUUAACUGCUGCUACACACCGGACUCUUUUGCGAGCACAGCUGCAAGAUGAUGUUGUGCUGGUGAACAUCCGGAACGACAGUAUCAAGCGACAGUCAGUGCAAGGCGACAGUCAAUGA